CUUUUUUUGUACGAGUUACGCGGGACUGGGAGAGAUUGACUACUUGACCUCCACUGAAUUGACUGCAAGUGACGACGAAGAAGGUUGGUUGCAGGUUUGAAAUCGAGACCAGCUCGACAAACCUCAGAUCAAGCAAGAUGCUGUCAAGAACAGCAGGCUCAGGCCUGGGGGCCACAGGCCUCUACAGGUCGGCGGCAACUAAACAGCCCUUAAUCACAAACCAAAGAUGCUUCUCACAAACACCAUCUCGCCAAGGAACUGUAAUCCGAUUUUCCAAGACCCGCAAACCCGAACUGAACAAAGUACUCACUACCAUGCGAGACGAGAUCUUGCUCCCAUACUACAUCCCCGCCGACCAGCGCAAGCUCCUCGUCCGGACGAAAAAUAAGGAAAAACUCGCCAAGAACCCCAUAGUAUUGGAAGUCGACGAGAAGAUCUACAAGUUUGGCUUUAGGGAUCCCAGGGUCGACAACCCGAGCCCCCGCGACACCAUGUUGCAAGCCAUCAAUUUGAUGGAUACGGACAGGGACUUUAACAACCUCAACCUGCUGCUUGAGGGCUUGCACUCGGUAGCCAAGCUGCAGUGGCAGCGGCCUUGGGAUAUGGCCAGGAUUGUGCGCCGGGCUGGCCAUCACGGCCAGAUCCUCAAGAUCCUCGAGGCGGCACGUCGCGUCGAGGCCACCGGCAUGAAGCUGGACAAUGCCGAGGUCGUCUCGGAGCUCAUGUACUGGAUCCAGGAGAGGGCAUUCGGCCUGAAGCCCGACGCCGAGCAUUGGAGCCAGAAGGGCACCGUGCAGGCCCUCAAGUGGGCCGACAUGGUGGUCGACAUGCUGCACCUGCCAGAGCACAAGCCGACGGUCACGCCCAAGGGCCAGCCCGGCGGUCUGGCCUUCAUGUACGACCCCAAGGUCAGGGGCGCGCAGCUUCACCUUGCCGCCGCACUGGCAGUCAAGCACCCGCAGCCCGAGAACCCCGAUGUGGACGCCGCACAGAGGAAACGGGUCACCGAGCUCGCCACCGGUCUGACCCACUCGUGGCCUGCCGGGAAGGGCCUGCGUGAGAUUCACCCGGACCACGUCGACAAGAAGGGUUACCAUUAUUUCAUCGGUCAUGACUGCGGAUUCCUCCGCGUGGCCGUUCCCAUUCUGCACGGUCUUGAGUUGGCCAUGACGAUUGUCGAGCCUGAGCUUUCAGAGCAGCUCAAGUCGAGGCGAGAUGCGCUGGCUGCUGAAGUGAACGAGGUCAUGGCCAAGGGGCCGGAGAAAAUAGUAAACGGUUUGAAGACUUAUGAUGUUCUCUUUGGUACGGAGCACGCUCCGGCAGAUUCAAAACCUGUACCCGAGACUGAGGCGGAGGCGGAGGCGAAGGCAUGAUGAUGCAUGGUGGCAGAAGCUGGAGAAGCGAGCCGUGGUUGUAUAACAAUAUAUUGUAUUGACUACUCUGUGGGAUAUAUUUUUGUCUGUGUCACAUGGAAGAAGAAAAAAACGGGCAUUAGACUUUUGGCGCUUUCUUUUUUGUUUGUCUCAUAGUGCUUGAUAAAAAGUACGUGCUACAUAUACAACGCUUGAUAGUAAAAAGUCUUGUUGCAAAGGGAAGAAGAGCCUUCUCGCGACAGCCAUUUGAGAACGAAAAGAAUAUGUAUAUAAUCAAGGCAGAACAAUGUACUUCUCCAAGUGCUUUGGUAUCGCCGAGAGCAGCUUCUUGUCCUCCAGCCACUUUCUCGAAAA